AAGAUAAAUUACUUCACAUUAGAAUUGGGUAAAUAAUAAAACCGAUUACAUUUAUUCGUUAAAUGUUUAUAUACCACAGCUAGUAGUUGUUGGCGAUAAACACCUAGGGAUUUACAGCUCUAGGCGGAUAAAUUGUGAACAUAUGCUUUCCUUAUUGCACCACGGAAAUGCAUGACGGAAUUUACGUUAGGGGGAAUGAAAUAGGAGUAACCAAUUCUUGUCGUGCUACAAGAUUGAUCUGACAUAGUUGCAAAGAAAAAAUAUGUUAUUAGAAAAGAGAAAAUAUCUAUUUCCAACGUGAAUGGAUUAUUUAAUUUUAGUUCUAUUAUGCAACCACAAAUGUCCAAAGUAUCAUAUAAAGCGCUUGCAGCGAUUUGCAUUCUUGGAAUAGUGAUUGAAUCUUCUGAUACUCAAUGUCAACUACAAAAUGGGAAAUGUACAUAUAACGUUAACCUCAAUGUGGCAGAAUCAUGCACAUCGCCAACAAAAAACAACUUGGGGGUAUUUAACACUUAUCUACAACCACAAGAAAUUAGGUUGCCAGCUGAUGGAAAGAUGACACAAAUGCAAAAGGAUUUUGAUGUUGUUAAAUCUGACCAUGAAAAUAGAAUCAAAGAGCUUGAAAGUUCUAUACAGAAAGUACUCCGGAAUGCAAUUUCGUCGCAACCUGUAGAGUACCCUAAUAAUCAGGUUUAUGUAGAGUCGUCAUCUCAUCGUGAGACUAUCAUUGAAUCAAAACGUCGUCCAAACCAGGAGGGUUCAGGAAACAUACUUCUCCUCCAGUUGCAAAAUCAGUUUAAUACAAUGAGAACAUCUCUUAGUCAAAGAACAGCCGAUCUAUUAGAAGCAAGAAACAAACUAAAUGAAACAUCUGAUUUACUGAAGGCUGCACAGAGGCAGUCAUUUGAAUCUAAUUCUAAACUAGUUGGUCUUGAAACAAAUGCUGCCGUUUUAGAACGUGAAACAAGAAUUUUGAAAAACAAGUACAAAGACAAAAGUGAAAGACUGGAUUAUGCUAACGAGCAACUUAAUAUUACUGAAACAAAAUUAAGAAAAAUUGAAAAUCAGUUGUAUGAUGUUGUACGUUCAGAAAGUAACUUGAAAGAAGAACUAGAAACGGUAAAACAUAGGCUUAGAGAAACACAGUUGAAAUUAGCGGCGUUACAAGUAAACCAUACGGAUUUACAAGCUAAAUAUAAUAAAACAAAGGAUACUUUGGCGAUACGGGAUGAGGAGCUGAUCGAAUGUUAUACAGCGAAGACGCAGACUUACUGUGGUUUUGAGGAUCCUGAUCUAUGUGGUUUCAAACAGGACAAUAUUACAGAUGACUUCGAUUGGGAGAGAAUUCAAGGCAAAACACCUUCUGCAAACACUGGACCAAUCAAUGAUCACACCUGUAAAGACAGACAUGGACAUUACAUGUACGUAGAGGCCUCCGGGAAAUCAAAGGGCAUGACAGCAAAAAUGUUCUCUCCAAAGUAUAGAGGUUUGAAUCCUCAAUGUAUAGAGUUUUACUAUCAUAUGCAUGGGCGGACUACAGGCACAUUCACAAUUUACAGCAAGCCUCUAACAAGUGAUGAGUUCCGAGCAGUUUGGCGUGUGUUUGGUAAUCAAGGCAAUCUAUGGAUAAAAGCUGGCGUUUCUGUCGACGAAGAAACUGCACGAUCUGGCUAUCAGUUGAUAUUUGAAGCCAAAACUGAAAACGGUUAUGAAGGGGACAUCUCGCUGGACGACUUCAAGAUAAGAGAUGGUUUGUGUGCCGCGGACGCUGCCUCUCUUGAGAUUAAACCGCCCAGUCGUUCUGACAAAGAAAGAGCAGCUUUGCUACAGGAACAAAUUGAACGUUACAGAAAAAUACUUCGCAGACGGCAAAGGAUGAGGAACGAACGGCGGGGUACAUCAACAUAAUAUAGCAUUGACUUAUCUUGAAAUGCAUGUACUAUAGUCAUCAUGUUACCUCAAGUUGAAGGUUUUCUUACAUAUAUGCAAAUGUGAAACAGUAUAUAAUAUUGCUGGUGUAGAAAUAAGUAAUAAGGCGAUCGAAAAAGAUGAAUGGAUAUGAAAGACUGACAAGGCUAGAGAGAAAUGAUUAGUUUCGUGUAAUAACAAAAUUAUAUGUUACAUAUGGCAUAGAGGGGUAACGAAUGUUUGUUUUGUUUAGUAUACUUCAUUUUAUAUAGAUUAUUAGCUCGUUUUUUUCUUAUACUACUUUGUAAAUUCCUGUUAGCUUUAUAAAUUUCUCGAUGCAUUAUGUCAUUCAAUUAAUUAUUUGUAUUAAAUACAAAGGGAGUGCUGCAACGAUACACGAAUUUCUCUUUGCUGCUAUGGACUAACAGAAAUACUUAGAUUUUGGUAAAUCAAGCGCUGAAAGGAAUUGUCUAUAUUGAUGGAAGCUGUGUAUUGGUCUAUAAACAUAACAUGGUUUCUUGCAUUGUGGAAUAAAACCAUUUUAUUUUUACAAUGUAAAUUGUAUUUUCAUUAAAUUUCAUGAAAACUU